GAGCCGGCAGGCCCUUAGCAUAAAGUCCGGGGGCCCAGGCCAAGGAGGCAGCAGUUUGUGGCAGCGCAGGUGGGUCCCCGCCCUCGGCCAGGCAAGAUGCCCCUGGGGCUGCGGAGAAAAAAGAAAUUCAAUACCAAGGAGACCUCCCGGCUGGUGGAGGGCGAGCAGACGAGUGCAGCUGGCGGCAGCCUCCCCAGCCUCCCGGCGCCCACCUGCAGGCUGGUUUUCCACACGCAGCUGGCCCACGGCAGCGCCACGGGCCGAGUGGAGAACUUCUCUAGCAUCCAGGAGCUCUACGCCAAGAUCGCGGGCGUGUUUGAGAUUUCGCCGUCGGAGAUCUUAUAUUGCACUUUAAAUACACCUAAAGUUGACAUGGGAAAACUCUUAGGAGCACAGAUAGGUCUUGAAGAUUUCAUAUUUGCCCAUGUGAAAGGGAUCAAAAAAGAAGUGAAUGUGUAUAAAUCUGAGGAUUCACUUGGUCUCACCAUUACAGAUAAUGGUGCUGGCUAUGCUUUUAUAAAGAGAAUUAAAGAUGGCAGCAUAGUUGACUCAGUUAAAACAAUCUGUGUGGGGGAUCACAUUGAAGCCAUCAAUGGAGAAACUAUCGUUGGGUGGCGUCACUUUGAUGUUGCUAAGAAGUUAAAGGAAUUAAAAAAAGAGGAACUCUUUACCUUGAAGUUAAUAGAACCUAAGAAGGCCUUUGACAUGGAGCCCAGGUCAAAAGCUGGAAAGUCAUCAACAGGAGGGAUUGGUACUGGAAGGGAGACACUUCGCCUGAGAUCAAAAGGUCCUGCCACUGUGGAAGAAGUGCCCUCUGAAACCAAAGCAAAGGCGAUUGAAAAGGUUGAUGAUCUUCUUGAAUUGUACAUGGGAAUUCGGGAUAUCGAUUUAGCUACUACAAUGUUUGAAGCUGGAAAGGACAAAGGUAAUCCAGAUGAAUUUGCUGUGGCAGUUGAUGAAACCCUUGGAGACUUUGCGUUCCCAGAUGAAUUUGUCUUUGAUGUUUGGAGAGUCAUUGGUGAUGCCAAAGGAGGAUGAUUAUGAUGUGAAAGAUCGUCUCUGGAGGAAUGAACCAUUGUUCCUUAAAAAAAAAAAAAAAAGUUAAAAUCUUCUUUUAGACACUGUUAUGGACUCUGGCUUGUUUUAUAUAUAUGAAUACAUUCUUUUGAAAUAUAAUUUUGAUUUCUGGGCACUUUUUAAUGCAGUUGCAUAUGUAGUAUGCUUAAGAUAAAUUACCUAAAACGUGAUCAAUUUUAAUACUCAUUUAAAAGCUUUUUAAAGUUAGUUUUAGAGAGUAUUUCUAGAUAGGUUAUUUUGUUCCCCAUUGACAGCCAUGUUUUGUUUUCCACGUGUAAGUAGUUGAUUGCAAUCGCCUUGUAGUUCUUUUGAAAAAUCUUAAUGCAGUGAAAACAAGGAUUGGAGUAUAAUUUGCCUCAUAACAUCUUCAUUUUGUUAUACUAGCUUGAACAGGAUAUGUUCAUGACAUGAAAUACUAAUUAUGCCUACUAGAGGUCUAGAAACAUUAAAAAAAAAAAAAUCCACUGAAUAAGGGGAGGAAGAUUCCUAUAGCCUGUUGAUGUCUAUGGCUUACUUACUCUCUUUGUAAAACAAGGAUUGAUUGACUUUUAUUUUUUGCUUCUUUGUAAUUGCUUCCUUGCUUCUUAAACUUGUUGAAAUCUAUUGUGUUGUGUAUGUAUCUGCACGUGUAGAAGAAGGUGAAAAAGAGGCAGAUACGGUAGAAACCACUUAUAUUUGAUUUUUCUUUUUUUAGCAGUUCUUACAACACUAUUUCUUUUCCGUCCAUACCUACUGUUAUGUUACCCUUUAUAAUCAUUCCAGGGAAAGUUUUUAUAGUCUUUGUAGAACUUUUCUUUUGAAAGAUGUUUACUCAGAAAAUAACUAUGUUUGAGAACAUUUUUGGGGGUUAAAGAGCAACAGUUUUAAGCAUCCUGAACUUAAAAGGAGAUACUAUCAGCAGUCGAUUUCCCCCUAAUGAAAAUGCAGGAGGAAGGGAAAAUUGAGAAAAUAUAUUAGCUUAUUAUUUUAGAGCUCUAAUGCACUCUCUCUGAAACCUUACAUGAUUGAGAAAAUUGAGGGUAAAUGACUGUUUUAUCACUCUUACUUGACAUUUUACAGAUGUAAGAGAAAUGGAAAUGAAUGGUUUCAACAUAGAUCGUUUAAUAAGGCAGAGCAUGGUGUGACCAAGCUUUCUUCUAAAGUGUUAGAUGGAAAAUGCUGCAUGCUGCCGUGGUAAUCAGAAAUAAUAACCUGUGAGGGGUGUAUUCUAGGAAAUCAGAAGUAGUUCCCUUUUCAUGCUGGGUUGAUGCUUAGAUAACUCUUGUUUUCUGGUGCAACUUCACUUUUACUGCUUUCCACUCUCUUUUUUUCACAUAAAUUUAAUGCUAUGAAUCUUGGUAUUCUUUGUCUCAUUAAUCUGAAACCUGCACAGAAACUGUUGCAGUCAUUAACAUGUAACAAAAGCAGUUUAUAGAAUGUGGAUUGUCUUAUUGCCCUUGCCCAUCAUUUGGAAAUAGCAUUCAGCCCAGGCUGUAGUAAUUUGUUGCUACUUGUUUAGUGAAUUUCUUUCAGAGUUCCCCAAAUACAUACUAAUUCUUAAUAUCACUUCUCAUAGGAUAGGAAAGUUAUUGGAUGGCUUAAGAGGCCCACAGAAAUAUUUCGGUUUAAGCAAAAAAUAAAUUUUUUGGCACUAGAUGUUAGAUUUGAAAUGAUGAGUCAUUGUUUAUUAUUGAUGGCUGUCUGAUUCUCCUUUCCUUUUGGAUAUGGAUGAACACUGACACUUGGUGCAAAUUCCCUGUGAUUUGUGGAAUCUCAUAUUCACAAAGUGGUUACCAUGGUCUUUCUAGAAUUUUGAUAUGUAAGGUACCGACGGCCAUGUACAGCUGCAACUGUAACUUGCUUGUUAGCAUCAAAUGAGCAUUAAGGGUGUCAGCUGGGCACAGGUGUUUUACUACUAACAGUUUUUUUUUUUUCUUGAAAUGUCUUUCUCUGUUACCUCUACUGAUAAACUGAUAACAAGGUCAGUUUCUUCAUUUUGUUCUCUUACCUGAAAAUAUAUCUCUUUGUGAACUUUAUGCCUUUUGGUAAAACUCUCAGUGCACAAAAGGAACAGGGUUUCUUUUUAGAUGUCACAGUCUACAAGUGGGAGCUACCCUUCUACUGCUGCAAUGAGACGAAGUCAUUUUUUUUUAACUGUGCCAUUUUAUUGGCACCACUAAACAUUUUCAGAAGGCCUCUGUUGUUUUCUCUUGUUCUCUAAGAACUUUUUUUUCCCCAAGUGGAGGAUGAUUGUUUCAUUCUUUUUAAGAUUUUGAUUAUUUUAUUCCUGAUUUCCUUUCAUGCAAAACAGCAUCCUUCAGUGGCCACUAAGAGCACACUCUGUUUUCUUUGUGGAAAGAAUGCAAAGGAUGACUGAAGGUUGGGUUCAAUGGGGUCUUGAACACAGCUUGGCUCCUAGCAGGUCUACACAUUCUGAUGACUACAAAUGGGUACAUUUUGGGUUUCUGUGAUGUUUCAAAAAUACAAUUAUAUAAUUAUAUGAUGCGAAAGUCUUUAAGAAUUCAACUAAUAGGGCUUCCCUGGUGGUGCAGUGGUUAAGAAUCCACCUGCCAAUGCAGGGGACACGGGUUCGAGCCCUGGUCCAGGAAGAUCCCACAUGCUGUGGAGCAAUUAAGCCUGCACGCCACAACUACUGAGCCUGCAUGCCUAGAGCCCGUGCUCCACAAGAGAAGCCACCGCAAUGGGAAGCCCACACACCGCAACAAAGAGUAGCCCCCGCUCGCUGCAACUAGAGAAAGCCCGCGCGCAGCAAUGAAGACCCAACACAGCCAAAAAUAAAUAAAUAAUUAAAAAAAGAAUUCAACUAUAAAAGCUGUAAUCAGUUAACCUCUGCUGGGGGCUGCUAUAGCCAAUAGUAUAAUGUGACAGAUAAUUAGCUAAAUAGAGAUAAUUUUUCCAAAUGAUAUUUAAUUUGCAGUAUUUUCCCCCAUAACUUUAACAAAUAGACAUUUUCCAAGUAAAGUGCACUUUAUUUGGGUCCAUGUUGCUAGACCUCCAUCAAGUCUAGAGAGCGCCUUCCUGGUUCCUUCAGUUAUCAUUGCCUUCCUAGCAUAGUAGCAAAAUGAAUUUCACCUGCAAAUGGUGUUUUCAAAGUAAUGAUUUUUCUAAAUAGAGUACAGUUAUCUGCCAGAGAUGUAAAAGAGUGACCAUAUAAUUACCAUUUCACUCUGUGAUACGUCUAAAACAUAUGGAUACCAAUAGCAUGCUGUUACUCUGGAGGAGGUAAUAGGUUAAGAGGACAGUUGAGUGUUUUCCUCAAGCUGUGAGUGAAUAGAGAGAGAUAGGAGAUGCUAUUCAACUCACAGUCCCACAUAUUAGUGCUCUGUGUAAAAUGCACAUUUAUUAUCUUCUUGACACAGUGAAAGAGAUAUCAGAGUAAUUUAUCAUGGUUAUAAAAUGUUUCUAAGAUUGUGAAGUGUACCACUGGCACAGCCUGUCCCUACCUAUUACCUGAAAACCCAGUUCUAAGAAAUGAUUCAUGGUUAUUAUCUGCUAGGAGGGCGAGCAAAAGUUGAGUAUGACAUCUUUAUUUCAUUGGAGGCAUUACAUUUCUAUGAGACUUAUGUAUAGCCAUAGAUAUUUUCAAGCUAUAGGAAGAAAAAGAAAUUAAAAAAAAAUUUCUGAAAGAUAGUUUUAAGUAAACGUUUUAUAUUUUGAACUGUUUGUGCCAUGCAUAUAGCAUUGACUAUA